AGACUCCGCCCCUGGGCGGGGCCUGGACGCGGCCGGAGAAGAGCAGCGCUGGAGCUGGAGCCUCAGCCCUCAGGCGCCUCUGUGAAGACAGGACUGGACCCGACCCGCCCGCAGAGCCCCGCAGAGCCCUGCCCCGGCCCCCUCCGCUCCCUCCCGCCGCCAGGUCCUACUGUCCCGCCGACCUUACGGGAGCGAACCCGUCGUCCCGCACUCGGAGUCCGCGAUGGCUUCAGUGACGGAUGGUAAAACUGGAGUCAAAGACGCCUCUGACCAGAAUUUUGACUACAUGUUUAAACUGCUUAUCAUUGGCAACAGCAGUGUUGGCAAGACCUCCUUCCUCUUCCGCUAUGCUGAUGACACGUUCACCCCGGCCUUUGUUAGCACUGUGGGCAUCGACUUCAAGGUGAAGACGGUCUACCGUCACGAGAAGCGGGUGAAACUACAGAUCUGGGACACAGCUGGGCAGGAGCGGUACCGGACCAUCACGACAGCCUAUUACCGUGGGGCCAUGGGCUUCAUUCUGAUGUAUGACAUCACCAAUGAAGAGUCCUUCAAUGCUGUCCAAGACUGGGCUACUCAGAUCAAGACCUACUCCUGGGACAAUGCACAAGUUAUUCUGGUGGGGAACAAGUGUGACAUGGAGGAAGAGAGGGUUGUUCCCACUGAGAAGGGCCGGCUCCUCGCAGAGCAGCUUGGGUUUGAUUUCUUUGAAGCCAGUGCGAAGGAGAACAUCAGUGUAAGGCAGGCCUUCGAGCGCCUGGUGGAUGCCAUUUGCGACAAGAUGUCUGAUUCGCUGGACACAGACCCCUCGAUGCUGGGCUCCUCCAAGAACACGCGUCUCUCGGACACCCCACCGCUGCUGCAGCAGAACUGCUCAUGCUAGGCAAGGCCCACCUUCCUGACCUCCCCUUGUUGUGGCCCCACACCCAGUCUGCUUCUCCCUGUUACACACUGUCCACUCUCAGCCCUGACCAAGAUGAGCUGCUGCUGUUCUUUGCCUGCCCCCAGGGUUCUCUGCAGAUGUUCCCAGUAAUAGAUACUCAGCACUAGACUAACAGAACAGGUCACUACAUAGGUGGAGAUUCACUUUGCAAAAGAAGACUCUGUUUUAUGAAGGGGAUUCACUACAGGGACUUAAAAGCAGUCUCUUCUCUGCCUUUAAAAUGAGAGUUCUUCCAUUUACCAGAAUUUGACACACCCACAUUCUUCAGGGGCAUGCCAAUUGCGUAAAGUGAGGCUGGCUCGCCUGCAUAGCUAAUCCUAUUAAAGACAACUUCUCAAAGCACAACGUGCUUGUUUCCUAUCGGGCUCCCUGUGGGGCUUUCUCUCCCUGCAAGUCAAGCUUGGGCUCUCAAAGCCCUGUGCCUGUUACCACGGAUGCCCACGGGGCCUGGGCAGUUGCUGUGGUGACAGGCAGAGCUAAUCUUCAGAGAGCUCAGACUCUCUAAUGAUGCUGAAGGAGCAAAGGCUGAGUCAGAAACACACUUAAGAGAAAAUGAUUAUCCCCUACAGAAUGUCAGAGGUUCCUGCUAUAGGAAAGAGCAGGCACAUAUGCUCAAGAAAGACAAACAGAGAAAAAGAGAAACAGGCAAGAUCAAGACACAGAUCAUGAGUUUCUGAUUUUGCUGCUUUCCAGUUGGUUCUUAACUGUGGGAACUUAGUAAAAUUGGCGAUUGGUUCUUAGACUUCUAGAACCUGAGGAUUUUAGAGGGGAUUCCCAAAUUUACCUAGUUUGACUAGUCAAUUCUAACCUUCCUUUUUCUGACAAGUGACUGUCAAACCUAACAACCAAAUCUCUUUCUUCUAAAGCACACCUUCUAGGCAGGGACAAGAGCUCAUUUUCCACACCAUCUUGGUUAAUUCUCAUAGAAACUUUUCCUUGCUUCAAGCUCAAAUCUGCCUCCUGGAAAUUCUUCUUCUUCCCUCCCUGUUGGUACCAGCUCUGCUGUCAGAGACUUCACAGUCUCUGCUCUCUCUGCCCUGUGACACCCUCGGACUAUUUGAGAACACGAAUCAUGACUCCUGGGACUUGCCUUUUCUCUAGGUCAAUACCUCUAUAAUUCCAUCGGCUGUUCUUCAUAGGCUCUUCUCCCCAUCCUGCCCCUUUCCUGCAAUCCAUCUUUUAAUUGCUCUUGAGCAAUCUAACUGAGAAGUGUGAUUUGAAGCAAAAUAAAUCUAAGGUGGUAUGACCCUGAAAAAAUUGAGAAAAUUGAACUCAAAGAUCCUGAUCCCAACCCCAUUCUCCUGGGAGUGAAACCUUAGUUUCUACCAGAGAGCGUGGGAAACCACUUCUGGUGGAAGCCCCUUAAUUAAACACCUGAGGAAAAAAAGAAAAGAAACUCAGAGACCA